AUGUCUACUACUGCCACUACUACGACAAUGGCAACAGCUUCACAUCCAAUGACAUACGCUAAAUCUACCACAAAGGAAAUUGAAGACUCCUUACGACUAAUUGAUGAUUUAAAAUUCUUUCUUGCAACUGCACCCGCCAAUUGGCAAGAAAACCAAGUCAUUCGAAGAUACUAUUUGAACCAUGACGAGGGAUUUGUGAGCUGUGUGUAUUGGAACAACUUGUAUUUCAUUACCGGUACUGAUAUCGUCAGAUGUAUUGUGUACAAAUUUGAACAUUUCGGUCGCAAGAUUAUUGAUCGGAAAAAGUUUGAGGAGGGUAUAUUCUCCGACUUGAGGAAUUUGAAAUGCAACACUGAUGCCAUAUUGGAACCACCGAGAUCAGAAUUUCUUGAAUUUUUAUUCAAAAACUCAUGUUUGAGAACUCAAAAGAAGCAAAAAGUGUUUUUUUGGUUUAAUGUACCUCAUGAUAAGCUCAUGGCUGACGCUUUGGAAAGAGAUUUGAAAAAGGAGAAACUUGGUCACAAGCCUACUACUAUUGCCCACAAAGAACCGGCGAUAAGUUUCAAAUACGAUGAGAAUUCAAGCUUGUUUACGCAGUUGACAAAACAUAUAGAAAAUCAAACUCACGAUGGUAUUGUUGGCCCAUCCAAGACUAGUGCAUUGAAUACCGCCAAUAGCACAACCACCGCGACGUCAACCUCUGACGAUGGCAAUCUUCUAGAUCAAAAGUCGUCUCCUGAGUAUAUGUCGUCUACUGCCAACUGGAAAAGCGAUCAUCCCAAAUUUCUCAAUGAUGGAUCAGAUCAUCUCUUUAGAUCAAAGCCUAACCAACCAUUACGUGAGAAAGUUGAGAGGAGAGUAUCUCUCACCAGCAAGUCUGGCGAAAAUGAUGACAGCGAAGGUAAUAACCAUGAUGAUCACGACGGUGAUAAUGACGAAGAGGAUGACGAUUUUCCGUUGGAUUACUUUGUGUCGCAGGGAGAUAGUAAUGAUAACUAUAUCACCCUCGAUUCCAAUUAUCGUGGCGGCUCAACUUAUGCCAGCUUGUUUGACGAUUUCAACGGCGACGAAUUUCUUGACCCAAACUUGUUUAUACCCUCAGAGCUGAUGAAUGCAAACCUGAAUCAAGUUGUCAUGAAUGACGAAUAUUUGAUUGAGCAAACACAGCCUUUGAAAACACCACUACCGCCCGGCGCACCUGCAACUAGUGCUAGACUACUAUCAUUGUCAAACCAAGAUAAUAUUGGAGAUGAAUUUUUCUCGCAUCCGCAACUAUCAGGCGCACUAGCGACUAGCUAUCCCAUUCCGCUUUCAGCUAAGUUGCAAACCGGCUUCAAGCAGCAGCAACAGCAACAGCAACAGCAACAGCAGCAACACCAAGCCUCCGCUUAUGCAGCACUUUCGACACCACAGUUUCUUAAGAUCCCACAACAACAACUACAGAUACCUUCUCAAGCAUUCAAUUUCAGCGAUCAACAAGCAUAUUUGGCUGAUAUGACGGGCACAGGCUACAAUUACAAUCUCAUACAUCCAGACAGCGAGUACUGGACCACAAGCCAAAUGAAUCACAACUUUACUGAUACAAACUCCAUUCUUGACCUCAAUUUCGGCUUUGGAUACCCAAUUCAGCAACAACCCGUGAUGUUGGUGAAUGAUGACCUCAUACCUUAUUCUGUCAAUCAACCUAUGCUAAUACCACAACUGCUGCAACAGCAGCAGCAACAACAACAACAACAACAACAACAACAACAGCAACAGCAACAGCAAAUAAAAUUUCAAAGCAUGAAUAGACAACAGCAGAUAAGUAAUAAAAUGAUGAACAAAAAGAGGCAGAUGCAGCAGCAGCAGCAACAACAGCAGUAUCAACAGCAAGCACAAAGGCUUGCACAGGUGCAAAGACAGAAAUCAAAGAUGAGUGGGGCUAGUGGUGGAGGUGGUAUAUCGAAGAAGAGCAUAAUCAAAACUGAAAACCCACAAGUAUCAUUGAAUGAGGUGGUGAACUCCAAGACUACCAGAAUUUUAAAUAAAAAGUGA